UCACAGGCCAACAGAGAAUCGCAGUUCAACUGCUACUGAUUCGAAUUCUUUCGGAGGUUCACACUCCGACGAUGAUGGGAAUAUGGUUUAUCGUCCCUGCGGUGGUAACUUCAUUCUGUGCGGUGAUUUUGGGACUUGGUCUCCGCGCGGUGAGCGGGAGGAGGAGCAGGAAGAGAGCAGUUGGGUUCUUUCAUCCGUACACCAACGACGGCGGCGGCGGUGAGAGGGUUCUAUGGUGCGCAGUUAGAGCCAUCCAAGAUGAGAGCCCUGACCUUGACUGCCUUGUCUAUACCGGAGAUCACGAUGCCACGCCGCAGAGCUUGGCGGCUCGAGCCGUCGACCUCUUCGGCGUCACGCUUCUCUCCCCCGUAAAGGUGGUUUACUUGUACAAGAGAAAGUGGAUUGAAGAAACCACUUAUCCACACUUUACCAUGAUUGGUCAAAGUCUUGGUUCUAUGUAUCUUGCUUGGGAAGCAUUGUGCAAGUUUCCUCCUUUAUAUUAUUUUGACACAAGUGGAUAUGCAUUUACAUAUCCACUUGCAAGGUUGUUUGGAUGUAAAGUUAUUUGCUACACACACUACCCAACUAUCAGUACAGAUAUGCUUUCUCGUGUUAGUCAGCGCCGCUCUAUGUAUAAUAAUGAUGCCUCAAUUGCAAAAGGUGUUUGGCUUUCCCGGUGCAAAAUGAUCUAUUAUACCUUCUUCAGCUGGUUGUAUGGGAUUGUAGGAUCUUGUACACACCUAGCUAUGGUCAAUUCAUCUUGGACCAAAUCCCAUAUUGAAAAGCUUUGGGGUAUUCCACAUCGUAUUAAACGAGUUUACCCUCCUUGUGAUACUUCAGGGCUCCAGGUUCUUCCAUUGGAAAGACCAGCUGAAAUUCCUGUGAUAAUAUCAGUUGCACAAUUUCGACCAGAGAAGGCUCAUGGUCUCCAACUUGAAGCCUUUUCAGUUGCUGUUAAGAGAUUAGAUUUUAGCUUGCCUAAACCUAGACUACAGUUUGUGGGUAGCUGUAGAAAUAAAUCAGACGAGGAAAGGCUUCAAGUGUUGAAAGACAAGGCGAUUGAGCUAAAUGUGAAUGAGCAAGUAGAAUUUCACAAGAAUAUAACAUAUAGAGAUUUGGUGGGACUUUUAGGGGCCGCUGUUGCUGGCAUCCACUCCAUGACAGAUGAGCAUUUUGGCAUCAGUGUUGUAGAAUAUAUGGCUGCUGGCGCCAUUCCAAUUGCUCAUAAUUCUGCUGGGCCGAAAAUGGACAUUGUAUUAGAUGAAGAUGGAGAACAAACAGGAUUUCUUGCCUGCACUGUUGAGGAAUAUGCUGAUGCCAUUUUGAGAGUUACAAGGAUGCCAGAGUCAGAGAGACUUAAGAUGGCUGCAGCUGCAAGGAGACGAGCAACGAGGUUUUCUGAGCAAAGGUUUUACGACGACUUCAAAGAUGCCAUACGGCCAAUACUUUGUCAUACAUCUAGAUGAUGGCUUGGGCGCUUGGCCUAAUGGUCUGCGUCAGUGUAACUUAACAUAGUGAGUUCCUAGACUCUUCUCUGGAGCUUGUUUUAGGAAUCCAGGAAACUUAGCUACAAAUACAGUAAUUUUGUUACAGAACAUUUUUGUUUUCAUCACCUUUUAAAAAGAUGUAACAGUAUGCUGACUUACAGAUUGAUGAAUAGUUUUUACUUGUA